AUGUCUUCCCUCCCCCUCGCAGGAAAGGUAGCCCUCGUCACAGGAGGCAGUAAAGGCAUCGGCCGUGCCACGAGCCUAAAACUCGCUCGCGACGGCGCUAACGUCGUAAUCAACUACGCAUCCUCUGCAGCAGCAGCUAAUGAGGUGGUCUCAGAAAUCGGCAGCGAACAGGCAAUUGCGAUCCAAGCGGACGCGGGCAGCGUGGAGGAUAUCGAGAAGUUGAUCGCUUGCACAGUUCAUAUUUGGGGGCGUAUUGAUAUUCUGGUUGCUUGCGCCGGGGUUAUGAAAUUGAAUGAAUUGGAUAGUGCGACGGAAAAAGAAUUCGAUGAGACGUUUAAUUUGAAUGUUAAGGGACCGUUGUUUUUGGCGCAGAAAGCAGUACCGCACAUGUCCCCUGGCUCCCGCAUUAUACUCUUCUCUACAACCCUCGCCCACGCUAGCACCGUAACACCAAACUACCUCGUCUAUGUCUCCUCGAAAGGCGCCAUUGAGCAGAUGACGCGCGUACUCUCUAAAGACCUCGCCCGCAAAGGAAUUCUCGUCAAUGCGGUUGCACCCGGUCCAACCGCUACGGAUUUGUUCCUGGAAGGAAAGAGCGAGGGGCUGCUAAAGAUUAUUGCAGGGUUUAAUCCUCAGAAUAGGAUUGGGAAAGCGGAGGAGAUUGCUAAUGUUGUGGCAUUUUUAAGCAGUGAGCAGAGUAGUUGGGUUACGGGACAGGUACUUCCGGUUAAUGGAGGGAUGGCGUAG